CUGUUUCGAGAAGUUCAAUCUGUUGUUGUGGGAGCUUCGCGUGGGUGGUAGGUUAACGGAAGACAAUCUAGUCGCCUCAAGGAAAGCCGCUGGACAGUGGACGCGGCAAGCAUGGUCACCACAAGUGUGCUUGCUUGCGAACUGCUUUGUGUCACUCGUCUCAUCUAGAGCUUGCGACUUGUCGGAUUCCGCGUCCGCCCUUCACGGACCCUCCACCUGUUUUUGUCUAUGAUCCUCGUCGUUGCUCCUCUAAUUUCGCUCGGAAUGACACGGUAACCAGGAAAGUAUGGGGUAGACUCACUUUUCCCUCUCCCUCUCUCGCUCUCGCUCUCUUUUCCCUCUUUCUUGCUUCUGGGCUUCCUCUCCUUCCCUUAAGUGCACUUCUCAUUGCAUCCCCCUCAGAUUUAGGACGCCUCCGGCGCUUCUCUUUACUGUUUAGUUCUGUCUUCAUUGUGCUCAUUGAUCUGCCACAAAGUAUAAAUACUUCUGCGAGAGAGUAUGAUGCAAUCCAGUUGGAGGUGGUGGAUUCAGUACUUUUGAAUUCUGAGUUGAUUUACAAUCAUGGGGUGGACCAUACAAAUCGUGAGGAUUGCGCUGCUUGGGAUCUUGAUGGUAGCAUCGAUGGACGAGCUUACUAUGGUCGCCCAAGCUCAACAGUUUAGUUUGGUACAUGGAUAUGCCCAUCUGGAAGGCUCUCCUGCCUCUAGAAGGGAUCAGCACAUGUCACGUGAAUAUUUUGAAACGCUCAAGGCUCACGAUCGUCGACGCUUGGCUGCCGUUGUCGACUUUCCUCUCACUGGAGACGAUGAUCCCUUCGUGACUGGGUUGUACUAUACAAAGAUUUAUUUGGGCACUCCUCCAGUAGGUUACUACGUGCAAGUGGACACCGGUAGCGAUGUAACUUGGUUGAACUGCGCUCCUUGCACCUCUUGCGUUACCGAAACCCAACUUCCAAGUAUCAAAUUAACAACGUAUGAUCCAUCAAGAUCAUCGACCGACGGGGCCCUUUCAUGCAGAGACAGCAACUGUGGCGCUGCUUUGGGUAGCAACGAGGUCUCUUGCACAAGUGCAGGAUAUUGUGCGUACUCCACUACCUAUGGCGAUGGGAGCUCAACCCAGGGCUAUUUCAUCCAAGAUGUCAUGACCUUUCAAGAGAUUCAUAACAACACCCAGGUUAAUGGCACCGCCAGUGUAUAUUUUGGGUGUGGAACGACUCAAUCUGGAAAUUUACUGAUGUCGUCGCGGGCGUUAGACGGGCUUAUAGGCUUUGGCCAGGCAGCGGUCAGCAUUCCCAGCCAACUGGCAUCUAUGGGCAAGGUCGGUAAUAGGUUUGCGCACUGCUUGCAAGGGGACAACCAAGGAGGCGGCACCAUAGUGAUUGGCUCCGUUUCGGAGCCCAACAUUUCCUACACUCCCAUCGUGAGCCGGAAUCACUAUGCAGUAGGGAUGCAGAACAUUGCAGUGAAUGGAAGAAACGUCACAACGCCGGCAUCCUUUGAUACCACAUCAACAAGUGCGGGAGGCGUUAUCAUGGACAGUGGCACUACAUUGGCUUACUUAGUAGAUCCUGCAUAUACCCAAUUCGUGAACGCAAUAGUAGCUGCUGCCCCGGUUCCUGUCACAGUUGUUACUUCGAGUAGUUCUGAAUCGAUUUGUUGGAUCUACACUGGCGACCUUCAAGCUGAUUUUCCUACAGUGAAGCUCUUUUUUGAUGCUGGAGCAGUCAUGAAUUUGACUCCUCGAAAUUAUCUGUAUUCGCAACCGUUGCAAAAUGGGCAAGCCGCUUAUUGCAUGGGUUGGCAGAAAAGUACGACAAAAGCUGGUUACCUUUCUUAUUCAAUACUUGGAGACAUUGUGCUAAAAGAUCAUCUUGUCGUGUACGAUAACGAUAACAGAGUGGUCGGGUGGAAAAGUUUCGACUGCACUAAAUCCAUAAGAGUGAGUGCUGACAGCAGCACCUCUCCAAAUGAAGUGAUGCCGAAGUUAGGUGCUUCUGGAGCUGGAGCCUCAAGAGAGAUCAGUACCCAUGUCCUAUUAUUGUGUCUGCUAUUUGCAAUGUUGAGCAUAUAUAGCUAACCCUCAUUAUUUGCCAAUUGUGAAAAUCUGAGCUCAGUGUUCAGGCACUGUAAGUGCAAAAUUGACAUGAUUUAAGAGUAGAUAAUGAUUUUGAAUGUCUUUUUAAAGACAUGCUUACUCUUCAAAAUGCAUCUGUUCAAACAACAGUGUUUCCAUUG